CCUUGUGCGCCUUAGGUUUGUGUGGGAGAUGGAGAUUAAUCUUGCUACCAGUUUAAGAAAAAUAUUCGCGAAAUGCCUAACGUCGGUCAACUGGACACUUCCAUCACAGGCAGGCGUAAUCGAGUCAGUUGGAGCUGCUUCUGCGACCCAAUGAAAUAAUAGGGACUCCUGCUCUUGCUGCCCAAGAAUGUCUUCGCUUUCAGAAUAUGCCCUGCGUAUGACUCGUCUGAGUGCCCGGCUCUUUGGUGAAGUUGCCAGGCCUACUGAUUCCAAAUCCAUGAAAGUGGUGAAACUGUUCAGUGAGCAGCCUUUGGCCAAGAGGAAGGAGACAUACGACUGGUAUCCAAAUCACAACACUUACUUUGCACUCAUGGGCACACUACGUUUUUUUGGCCUCUAUAGAGAUGAGCAUCAGGACUUUAAGGAUGAGCAGAUGCGUCUAAAAAAGCUUCGUGGAAAGGGGAAACCAAGGAAAGGAGAAGGGAAAAGAGCAACAAAAAAGAAAUAGUGUUGGUCCAGUAGGAGAAAAAGUGUCUUUCUCAGCAACUGACAGAAGAAAGUGUAUUUAUCUUCCCACAUGUUGGAGGAGUGUAAGCUUCCUAAAUUGAAGAUUAUUUGGAGGAGCAUGCAUCUCCGUGGUGAAGUCUAAUCCAGUUGAAUUAUGACUGGUUUCUUGGACACAUUCUAAUUCUGAAAAAUUAUUUUGGCCCUGGUUUUGUAAUACAAGGUUUACCUCAUUCUCUAAAGAAA